AAAAGGUGCUGCUUCCGUGCAUAGAGCGAAAAAAGCAUUUUAGGAUUUGUCAGGUGUGUUCAUGAAGAUGAAGUUGAGUCUCUCCAAAGUAGUUGGUAGCUGUCGCCUUGGCACACUGACAAACCUGGGCAAGAAAGGGAUUCAGUGUAUGGACAUCCCUGGUUGUCUGCUUUAUACCAAAAUGGGAUCAGCACCACACCUCACCCAUGACACGCUGAAGACUGUCAAAGAUGUUCCUGUCGUUGCACAACUUCCACUUCCAGCCUUGGUAGAGCUUCAGGAGGUCAUGGAGGAAUAUAAAGAAGGAAUUGGAAAGUUUGUAGGUAUGCCUGACUCGGUAGUGUACUGCUCCCUCCAUGACCCAGCUAUUUUCUCUCCACCUGGCUACAACAACAAGAAGGCAGUUUCCAUAUGGGGUUCUGGUGGGCGGAUGGAAAUGACACCAUCAAAGUUCAUGACCAUUCAGCAGGCUCUCCAACCAGACUGGUUCCAGUGUCUCGCAGAUGGAGAUACUAUUGCUGGAGAAGUGUCCAAGAAGAGGGCCAAGAAGUCUGUGGAUCGAUCACUGUCCUUUUUGGAUGAGUGCUUACAACUGCAAGAGCAGUUUCCAGAACUACAAGAGAGUGUGAUGAUUGGAGUUAUUGAAGGUGGAAAUGUGUUAGAGGAAAGGCUGCGAUCCGCUAAGGAGACUGCCAAGCGCCCUGUGGGUGGCUUCCUACUGGAUGGCUUCCAGGGAACUGCCAUGGCCAAGGACACCAAGCUGGAACUCUUGUCUUCUGUUGUAGCAGAACUGCCAGAAGAUAAACCAAGACUCAUCCAUGGUAUUGGCAGGCCAGAUGAAGUGCUGGAGUUAAUUGAGAGAGGAGUGGAUGUUUUUGAGAGUUGUUUCCCUUACCAGGUGACAGAACGAGGCUGUGCCUUGUCCUUCAGUUACAGUUACCACCCGGAUCCUGAUAGAGAUGUCCUACAAGAAAAUGGGAAACCAACCAUGGAAGAAAGCAAGGAUGAAAAAACAAAAACUGAAACCCUCAGUGGAGUUCAAGAGAUGACUGCAUUCGAAAUAUGUUUGAAGGAAAAAAGGUACCAGGAUGAUUUUGGUCCUUUAGUGAGUGGAGGAUGCUCAUGCUACUGCUGUCAGAAUCAUAGUCGUGCCUAUGUUCAUCACCUCCUCAUGACCAAUGAGUUGCUUGCUGGCGUUCUGCUCAUGAUGCAUAACUUUCAGCACUACUUUGCCUUCUUCUGUUCUGUUCGGGAUGCCCUGAAAGAAGAUAGUCUGGAUAAGUUAAAAGCGAUCAUCUUCAGGCAAACAGAUUAAGGCCUAAAAAUGCACAAAGGAGAACAACAACACACAAAUUAGGAAUCGCCUAAUUUCCUAAUAUUUUGAAUUAGGAAUAUCUUAAUCUCCUAGUACUUGGUCUACAAUUAGUAUCAUGUCAUGGGAAGCACAAGUAUCAUGAUCUCUAACAGGCUCAGGAGUGGUAGAGCCUUUCCCCACAAGCCACUCCACUGAAGAAAUGUGAAAGGUAAAGAUAAGAGUUGAGGAACAUAUUUAAAGGCAUCCCACAUUAGACUAGCCAUAUUUUAUUAUCAUAAAUUCUGUCAGUAAUCGUCAAAAAUCAUGAGACUAUUGAUGCUGGAUGAAAAGAAUAUAAACUGUCAUAUAAAUCACAGGACAAUGUCAGCCACCAGUUUGGGCUCUGAUAAAAGUCUCUUUGAAGAAGCCGAAGGCUACAGACAAAGAAGCUCUCUUUAUAACAGGUUCUGCCCUAUGUGGACUUCCUAUUUGUUGGGGACAUAAUGACUAUUUUGCAAAUGGGACCAAACCUCACAGCACUCCAUGUUCUUGGCAAAAUGAGACACGUGAUUGUGUUGUGGCUUGCAUGUUACUGUAGAGCAUCAGACACUUGCCUGGUCUCAGUUCAUGGUUUUGAUAAAAAGUUCCUUGACUGGUUAGUGGCAUAUCUUCAGGUUUUUAAAGGUCCACGGAACAGUCUUACUCUUGAAUGUUACUGUUCCUUACCUGAGGUUUUGAAGAUAGUAUGAAGCUUGCCUUGAGUGGCUGUGGCUGCACACAUGUUCACAUGUGAAAGAGCUGGAGCAUGUUCUUUUUACGUGAUUUCUGUUUUGUACAAAGGGGAUCUUUUAAAGUUUUUUUUUAUUACGUUUCAUGGGAAACUUUAACAAGACAUAUCCAUAUUUUUGUAUUACUUCCUAGACAUUCAGCUGCCUGAGUCCUGAUCCAAAGAACAGGUGGUCUGUAUGCAUGCAAUUGCACAUGUGUAUGGACACACCCACCAAAUGGAUGAUUUAUGCAAUCAGCUUUGGCAAGGCCAGCCCCUUGUUUGAAGGGGUUAGUAAUGAUGAAUCCAGUCCACUCUUUCAUGCUUUAUAGCUGAUAGUCAUUGUGAGAUUUUAUUGUUAAUCAUUUGCUGAGAGACAUGUACUGUGGACCUGAUCUUGCAUGGACCACUACUUGCACUGCUCUGGGGUGUUCUUUACCCCCUAGUUUAAUCCAAGUCUUUUCAACCUCAUGCAUAUUAUUUUAAUUCCAUGUUGCCCCUUUUCCCACUCAUGGUUUUGAUGAUGAUGCCUCUUAGAAAUAGUUUCAGAUAGGUGGUAGCCAUGUUGGUCUGCAAUAGAAGAGCAAGAUUCAAGUCUAGUAGCACCUUAAAGGCCCAGAGGUAUCUGACAAAGGGAGCUUUGGCUUUCUAAAGCUUAUGCCCUAGAAAUCUUGUUAGUCUCUCAGAUCCUAGUAAGCUCGAAUUUUGCCUCUCUUCGAAAUGAUGUUACUACCUUUCAUCAUCUGAGGUGGUGCUAAUGUAAUAUCCUGCUACUAUUGGUGGCUUUUGAAAAUCUUUAAUGCAGCUUACAAAAUUUUGUCUAAUAAAAUUAUUUUCAUUUGGGUGAGGUGGGGAGGCAUCAGUGAACUGUCAGUGGAGUCAAAAUGUUGUAAUGUAAGCCACUGUUGAAUAUUCCUUUCCCAAAUGUUAAAGGUAUAUGGUUCACAGCCUUUAAUUUUCUCUUGAUUUUUCUAAUGCCUCUGGUAUGAAUGAAUUAUUGCUUUAUGAUCUUCUCUCCCUCAAAAGCCACUAAAUUCUGUGGAUCAGGGUGAAACAGGUAUUUAACAACUUGUAUACUCAUUAAGAGGGAAACAAUACUGUGUUCGAUUAAAUUUA